AUGUCGUCUAACAAGCAUCCAUUAGGGCUACGCUGGCGUGCAAACACUCUUUUCAUCAUAGCCACAGUCGCUAUCGGUUUAUUCACCGAUCUCUUUCUUUACGGACUCGUCGUUCCCGUCCUACCGUUCAUGCUCCGAGAACGAAUAGGUCUUCCUGAAGACAAAAUCCAAUCUUACGUAUCCGGACUUCUUGCUGCUUAUGCUGGCGCUAGUGUCGUCUGCUCUAUUCCUGUGGGGAUCAUUGCCGACCGAACCAGUUCCCGCCGCCUACCUUUCCUCUGUGGCCUGGCCGCCCUACUUGCCGCCACGUUGUUGUUGUCGCUUGGCCAGAACAUCCCUACACUCAUCAUCGCCAGGGUGCUGCAAGGCACGAGCGCCGCCGUCGUUUGGACUGUGGGUUUGGCUAUGAUCUUGGAUACUGUUGGUCCUGAGAACCUAGGGAAAGUGAUUGGAUCGAUUUUCUCAAUUAUAUCCGUUGGAGAGCUCAUGGCUCCUGUUCUCGGUGGAGUAUUGUACCGCAAGACCGGCUACGCAGGGGUCUUUGGACUGGGCGCCGGACUACUCGGCCUCGACUUUAUCAUGAGAAUACUCGUCAUCGAAAAGAAGGUCGCCAUCCGCUACGACGAGUCCCUGGCCGUUGCAAAGAACCCACGCGAACAUGGCAGCCGAGAAGAAGAAUCAGAUAGCAGAGAUGGUGUCAGCGAAGAGGAACCGCUGUUGCCAAAGAAUGAGGAAGAAAACUACCGCAUACCCGAAGGUCAAAACAGACUAGUCCGAAACCUGCCCAUCCUCUACUGCCUAUUGGACGCUCGACUCCUGGUCGCUUUUCUCCUGGCCUUCGUCCAGGCCGCUUUACUUGCGACGUUUGACGCCACCCUUCCCACCGAAGCGCAGACACUGUUCGAUUUCGACUCUCUGAAGGCUGGCCUCCUCUUUGUCGCACUCGAUGUUCCGUUUCUCCUGCUUGGUCCUGUCGCUGGAUGGGCUGUCGACAGAUAUGGCACCAAACCUGCGGCUGUUAUAGGUUUUGCUUACCUCGUUCCAACAUUGAUCCUCCUCCGGCUUCCGUCCGCGAAGAUCGCCCCUACCCGCAAGACGAAUAUCAUUCUCUACUGUGCCCUGCUUUCUCUCAAUGGUAUCGGCCUGGCUAUUAUUGGAUCUCCUUCCAUCGUCGAAGCCUCUGACGUGGUCCAAAAGUACGACAAGGCAAAUCCUGGUGUGUUCGGCGAGAACGGCCCAUACGCUCAGCUAUACGGGUUUAAUUCGUUGGUGUUUUCUGCGGGGCUGACCUUUGGACCAAUAUUGAGUGGGACGUUGAGGGACAGUAUCGGCUACAGCAACAUGAAUAUAGUGGUUGCAUCCAUCUCGGGCCUGACCGCCAUCUUGUCGUUUUUCUUUAUUGGGGGACCGCCGAGGAUUUUGGAGAGAUGGCAGAGGGGACGCCAGGACAGAUAG